AGCUUUUGGAAUUGAGAUACCCGAUAGUUGUUAUGAAAGAAUUCUUUCGUGGAUAUUAUCGUGGAUAAGGAUUAAUUCUAAGGAUGCCAUUUUGAUAUCUAAUACUAAUUGUGUGGUGUUUUGAUUGUGCAUGUGGUAAUUUAUAUAUUGAAUUGGAAAGCUGUACAUGUGAGCUAUUAUAUUUGGGGAUAUACAUGAUUUGAUGUAAUAACCUCCGCUGGUAUUUAGUUUUGUUCAAAAUGGCAAGUUUCAUGGUAUUAUCAGGCAGUCGUUUGAAAACAAAAAGCUUUGUGAAUUUAUUAGGCUGUCAAUCGUGAUUCCUCUCGUAACGCAUGUGAGAAUAUUUGGGGAUAUACAUGAUUUGAUGUAAUACCCUCUGCGGGAAUUGAAUUUUGUUCAAAAUGGCAAGCUUCAUGGAAUUAUUAGGCAGUCGUUUGAAAAGAAAAAGCUUUGUCAAUUUAUUAGGCUGUUGAUCGUGAUUCCCCUCGUAACGCAUGUUUUGUGUGGGUCACAUUUAUAUAUUUAUUGGAAAGUUGGGGUCGUUGGCAUAUAUUUAAGUACACAGGUGGUUAUACAUUAUUUGAUGUUAAAACCCCACAAAGGACACUUCAAUCAGGACUUGUGAUCAAUAAACUUCAACAAAAUCUUUCAAAAUCAUUCAUGGCCCAAUCUGAUUAAAAUACAGAUCUAUAUUUCGUUUCAUUUUUUAUUCAUUCGAUGGCCUUUACUACAUGAAGAUCUGACCAGUUGUACUGGAAGGUCGUGCCAUGGGUCGUACAAGUGGCUUUGACCCUAUGACAUCAGCGUUGACGUUUCUAGUGGUUUACCUACAGUUCCGUGCAUGGCAUGCCAAGAAGUUGCCGUCAAGAAGUCGCCGUAACAGAUUGUUUCAUUGGCUAAUCCCUCACGCCAAAUAACAAAUAUUCCAGAUCCUAGUGUAGUAAAGACAAGUAAAACAAAAUUUUGAACUGUAAAAAAACGGAACGAAAUAGGAUCUGUGUUUUAGUCAGAUUGUUCAUGGCCUGACCAGUUUUAUUCAAGUAAAAUAUAUGAGGAACCAUAGUUUCUAGGUCCAUGAUGACUGUAAAGUCAUUUGUGGAAAUGCUUCCAUCCUUUUAUGGGGCUCCUGGGUGUUAUGUUCAGCAUUUACAAGCAUGACUUUGACAGCUCUUGCUACAAUUUAAUCUGAGUAAUGGUUAAUUACAGUCUUGCUAAUCAAGAUUAUACUAAUGGUUAAUUGCAUGUCUGUCUUGCUUAUCAAGACUUUAUUAUUGGUCGGGAUAUUUCAGUGAAUAGCAUACUUUAUCAUAUUUAUUAACUGGAUAAUGUUCAUUUAAAAUUCUUAGCCACAUUUGCAAUUUCCUUAGUCCAUUUCUUUAUGCAGUUUGUGAACAAUUUUGGCAAAUUUUAAUUACUCGUAUUGCUAGAAAAUAAUUACCCUUGUGCGCAUCACUGAAUUCUCAAAUUUCAAAUUUUAUUGGUUGUCCCUGUGUAUGCGGCAGGAAACAAUCUUUCAGUUUGACAUGUCAGCGCAAGCUAAAAUAUCAUGUGAUCUAGUCACAUGAUUAGUUGAGGCAAUUCCAUAACCAUCGAAUGCUUGUAAUACAUUGCUGUGAUUUCAACAGCAGCAUGGUUUCCUAACAAUAACGACAAAAAAUUGCCUGUGGCUUAAAUAUAUAGAAAACCAAACAUACUAGAAAAGGUUUGACAGUACUUAAAAACUGUCAAACAUUUGACAGACAUCUUUUAUUUCUUGUCGUCUGGAAUAUUUAGAGAAUUCGAACACAGAAAUGGUAGUCGGAAAUUGUGCAGCUUAUAAGCGCAGUGUUUUAGCGCAUGAUUUCGAGACUCAUGCAAAAAGUUUUGGAAGUUGUUCUUCUGGGCAGAAAAAAGAAUCAUUUGUGGUGCAGUGGCUGAGAAAAAAUAACCAGUUUAAAUUUAAAAAAAAUAUGGGUACUAGCCACAAAUAUGGUCUGUCUCUGGACAGAAAACAAAAUGGUCGACCCACAAAUCAUUCGACCUCCUCGAUGACUCGAAUCCUGGAACACGAUAACAGUCAUGAUAACAUGUCACUUAAAGAAGGCCGUGGUCGUGGUCCUGUAUGCGUAACCAGAAGUCAGUCAUUUGGCGGAAUGUCAAGCAAGUCGUCAUCGUCAUCUUCGACGCCUGUCCUCGGUGACACGAUAAAACGUACACCACGUGUCUACACCCAUCCCCAGCAUGCGUCACGUAAUGCCGGGAUCAGCUUCCGUAAAUCUCCCAAAGUGCCGAAAGUACCACGACCUAAUCGAGCCCUUCUUAUAUUUGAGAGUGUCAAAAAGGGACUUGGGGAAUUUAUUCACGCAACAAAAGAAGAUAUGCUACAUUUACAGACAAACGAUUCCACAGCCUCCCAGGGGAAACUACAUGAAAUAGAGAAGCAAAUUAAAUCAGCCGAACGAUAUUUAAAGAAAUUAGAAUUCCAUUUAGCUAAGGUUGAUGAGUUAUAUGAUUGUUAUUUGGUUCAUCAACAACUACGAGAAGGUGCUCGUACGAUGGCGAGAGCUUUCACCACAUCACCUGGACACCGUAAAGAUUCUAUAACUAAUGUUAAAUACGGCUAUAAAGAAUGCUCACAGACAUUAUGUGCUAUAGAAGCUCAGCUAGAGAAUAUGUUAGGCACAUUCCAUUGUAAAUUAAAAGGUAUGGCUGGUUUUGCGAGAUUAUGUCCGGGAGAUGUAUUUGAAGUGACAAUACGCCAUGGACCCCAAAAAUGGAAGACAAAAGGACGUAUUGAGAAAAAUAAUACCCAGAAAUGGGACAUGCCCGAAUUUACCUUUAAAGCAUUAGUCGGUGAUGUACUCAGCAUUAAAGCCCUGGAAUCACGUAGUUUUAAAAGUGUUUUAUUAGGCCAGAAGAAUUGUGAGGUGAAAGAUUUAUUCUCGGCUAAUCCACAGUUAAUGACCAUUAGUAUCAACUUUAACGGUUCUCUUAAACUCAGCAUUGUUAUCACAUGGAAUCCUUUGGAAGGUAUGGAUGAAAGUAUAACCUUUUUUGAAGCACCAACCCGAUCAGCUACAACACCUCGUCGACGCCCAGUAUCUGUUGUAGCAUUAAACGGACAGUAUUCAAAUAGUUAUUCUGAUUUAGGCCACGAGAGACGAUACUCAAGUCCAAUACAUAUGUUGAGAUCAAAAGAAGAUUUUUCUGUGUUCGGGUCAUCAACAUCACUUCCUGUAGUUCGUGGAGGCUACGAUUCCCCCUCGUAUCACUCCCCGUUAUUACGAGUGAAAGAAAACACGGUUUAUUCAAGUUCAGAUGAAUCCCAUAGUUCCCUUAUUUCACAGACUGUGCUAGGUAGUGGAGCGCUGUCUCCCCCUAUAGUUCCACAGACACGUUUCCCGGGUGUUUUCUCACAGACUUUAGUGACUCGUGAUGAACCGACGCAUGUGGAAGAAGCUUUAGUUAAUUUAACGACUUCCAUGGAAGAUUUUCUCGGACAAUAUCCAGAGUUACAAUACUUGGAAGAAGUGGUUGUAUCUUUAGAACAGUUUCUAAGAAAACGAUCCCGAUGUAGUUCUAGAUCUUCCAGUAUUAGUGUAUCAAUAGAAAGUGCUCUCGAAGCUUUCGACUUUCUAAACACAGAAGAAUCGGUCGAAGAUUUAGACCACUCACCUGAAGAAAGUCGUACAUCAAGUAUUGAUAAUAUAUUAGUUAGUCCCGAAUCUACGGCAAAAACUGGAGAUUCUGGUAUCGAGUCCCUUGCAAAACGAUUGAGUGAAGAUACGCAACUUGGAUCAAGUCUUGGGUCUAGUCCAGUGCCACCAUCUACUGGUAAUGAACAGGUGGACCACGCCCUCUUGUUUCAUCUUAACUACUGUGAUAGAUUAUUAGAGAGUUUGGGUAAUUUUGGCCCUCUAAAAUGUCGGGAGUUUUAUGCAUUGGACAAGUUGAAAACUCAGUCAGGAAUUAUAGCAGCAUUAUUAAAAAUAGCCAGAGCUGGACCAAAUGUUGACCUUCAUCCCAUAAUGGCGGAACUAACAGACGACAAAUCAAUAAAAGAAUUCUGGGUAAUGUGUGUGGAUCAGAAUUUGUUGUUUUUACAUCCAGAGAAAUUAGUUUAUAUGAUGGAACAGAAGUUUGGUCAACGUCUACAAGAUGCAGCCAAUAUAUCACCUACUAGAGCAUUUUGGCAUGUGAUGUCGAAGAUUUUAGAUAUACCAACGUAUCAACCAGAGAAACUAAAAUCAUCACACAUCGUUACUCUACAUCAGUUUAUGUCUUAUUUUACUUCCGCGGGUGGAUUACAAAAACUUGAUGAUGUCACUCACGAUAUUGCGUUGACUGAUAGAUUAUGUUCAGGUAAUCCAGAUAUCGUAAUUAAAUCAAUAUUAACACAACGAGAAGAGUUACCUUCCCCUCUUUGUCUCAAAGUUAUUGGGUCGCUACUAUGUGGCGGCGUCAACAAGGAAAUCCAACAGUCUGCAGCAUCUUACCUUAAACUAGUCAGUAAAAAUAAACAAACACGUGAUAAGGCUAUGAUUGUAUUUGUUGAAGGUUUAGAAGACAUGUUACCAGACGUACGAGCUGGAUCUUGUAUGGCUCUAUCUGUUAUCGAGGCUGUUGAGUGUACAGAUCAGUUGGUAUUUGUCUGUCAAUCAGAUGAUUCCACAACAGUCAGACGUAAAGCUAAAGAUGCCUUGUUUUCACUAGGUGAUGAAGGAAGAAAAGCUUUUGAAGAGACACAGUUGACAACACAUGGUUUCCAAGGGUUACAGAUGAGAAAAUAAACAACAUGAUGUAUAAUUUGUAAAUUGUAAAUACGAUGACGAGGUGAACAUUAUAAGGGUAUCACUGGAAGGAUAUUGCCAAAUAAGUGGACAUUUUGAAGUUAUAUGAAUUAAAAUAUAAUCAUAGUAUGACAGUCAUUAUGUUUUAUGAAUUAUAAAAUUAAUAGACAUUUUGAAAUUAUGUGAAUUAAAAUAUGACUAAAUGAUUGUAUGACUGUCAUUAUAUUUUGUGAAUUAUAAAAUACACAGACAAUAAAAUAUGAUGACUGAAUGAUUGUGUGAUGGUCAUUAUGAAAUUUUGUGAAUUAUUAAUUAUAUAACCAAAAGUUUUUAGCCAAAUUUAUCAGACCUACUACUGCUAUGAUAAGAUGCCAAUGAAAGUGAACACCAAAGUUUUAGUUACUGUCGAUCUUAUAUAGGAUUGAUAAAUGGUCAAAUAUUGUACUUUAAAAUUUUAUACUGAUUUAUAAUGAUUUGAAUAUUAUAUAUUACACAACAACCUGUUGUUAAUAUUAUAUAUUACACAACAGCCUGGUGAUAUUAUAUAUUACACAACAAACUGUUAUACAUAUUGUAAUAUUAAACAACAACCUGGUAUAAAUAUUAUAUAUUACACAACAACCUGGUAUAAAUAUUAUAUAUUACACAACAACCUGGUGAUAUUAUAUAUUACACAACAACCUGGUAUAAAUAUUAUAUAUUACACAACAACCUGGUGAUAUUAUAUAUUACACAACAACCUGGUAUAAAUAUUAUAUAUUACACAAUAUUACACAAGUUGUGAUAACUGAAAAAUCAUACAAUCCUGGGUUCUCGUUUCAGCCAUUGUCUGUCAUUGAAUAGUAUAGUCCAGGUUUACAAGUUCUAUAUUGAUAUAUUGUCUGGCAUUGAAUGUUAUAGUCCAGGUUUUCAAGUCAUAUAUUGAUAUAAUUAAUAGUCUGUCAUUGUAUAUUAUACCCUUUUGUUGUUCCACUUUCCUUCAUCUUGACUCAGGAGCUUUUUGUACAGCUAAGCCAAUUAAUUUAUUAAUGUUUUGUUUUAUGUUCACUAAAGUCUUUUUUUUGUUCAAAGAUCGAUGAAGGAUUGUUUUAGACCAGUUUUAGACAUGGAACUAACCCUCGGCGCCAGUUGGUAUCUGAUAUUGUCUACGCGUGAAAUCACAAGGUCUGUCAUUGAGUGAAGUGGUGUGAUUUUUAUCCUCCACUGGAACGUGACAACCUCAUAGGUUUCCUCCCACUGCUAAAGACCCCUACGCACAAGCAAAUUAUUGAAAUAAAAUUGAACCAUAUGUUAGUCCCAAAAUGACUUAGUUUGUGUCAAAUGGAUGUUAAACCCCAUUUCUUUCUCGCUCUCUUUUUCUGCCCAUACAAUUGGUAAUAUUGGGUGACGCUUUUCAAGGAAGAAGCUUAAGGCUCUGCCAUUGUCUUUGGACAAUUGCACAUUGUUAGUCGGGCCUACACUUGUAAUUGUCUGUGUAGAUAUCAUCGAUAACCAAUAUUUAUGUAUUUUAAAAAUUGCUUUUGACUUCAGAUAUAUUUGAUUUGUUGUCAAGCGUCCUCUAGUUAACACGAUUUUCUGCCAAAUGAUUGCCGUUGAUACUGUAUUAUAAUAAACAAUACUCAUAUUCAUUAUAACACAACUUUAUGGAUUUACUACUUCUUAGUUUAUUACAUACAACGUUUCAGUACUCUUACAGGUAGGUGGGUUGGAUGGCUAAAUGGUUAGCGUGUGCGCGCUGUAUCAUAAAGUCUGUCAUUGAGUCAACUGGCGUGGUUUCGAUUCCACGGUUGUACGUGACAAGGAGUAGGGUCACCUGUCCAACCUCGUGGGUUUUCUCCGGGUCCUCUGGUUUCCUCCCACUGCUAAAGACCCCUACGCGCAAGCGAAUUAAUGAAAUAAAAUUAAACCAUAUGUUAGUCCCGAAAUGACCUAGGUUGUGUCGAGUGGACGUUAAACCCCAUUUCUCUCUCUCUCACUCUUACAGGUAUCUUUAUAAAGCAAUGAUCAAUAAUGAAUAACAACCAUAUAUUUAUAGUACAUCCACGAGUAAAAACAAUUUAUAACAAAGAAGAAGUAAAUCCAUAAAGUUGUGUUAUAAUUAAUGUUAUAUCUCUACUUCUAAAUGUCAUUUAAGGAUAUAAUACUCAUCUUUAACAACUGUGUUUAAUGUAUAUUUGGUGUAUUAACAUUUUCCUUUGUCAUACACUUAAUGUUAACUAUUUAUUCACUAGUACCAGGUACCACCAACAACUACUGGUAUCGUUAUCUCCAUUAGUCAGUUAUAUUAAUAAUAUUUAUCUAUGUUGUGACAGGAGCCACAGUGGCUCAGUGAUUAAGGCGCUGGCUUGCUAUAACCAGGAGGUAUUGGGUUCGAUCCCUGUGUGGCUGUGGUCUAUUCAACACAACUAGUCAAUUAUAUCAAUAAUAAUAAUACUUAUCUAUGUUGUGACAGGAGCCACAGUGGCUCAGUGACUAAAGCGCUAGCUUGCUAUAACCAGGAGGUAUUGUGUUCGAUCCCUGUGUUGCUGUGGUCUAUUCAACACAACUAGUCAAUUAUAUCAAUAAUAAUAAUACUUAUCUAUGUUGUGACAGGAGCCACAGUGGCUCAGUGACUAAAGCGCUGGCUUGCUAUAACCAGGAUGUGUCAGGUUCGAUCCCUGUGUUGCUGUGGUCUAUAAAACUCAAUUAGUCAGUUACCGGUAUAUCAAUAUAAAUAAUAUUAAUCUAUGUUGUCAUGUGCUGUCGUCUACAUAUAAUCCGAUCAAUGCUUAUAAUUUGUAUAAACUUCAAACAGCCAUAUUUAAUUAUACAUGUAACUAUGGCAACAAUGUAGAAAUAUCUGUAGAGGUCAAGGAUGAUAUUCACAUAUGGUCAGUAUGUAAAACAUAUAUAUUACCUAUUCUGUAUACAUGGGCCAGGUGGGGGCCUCCACUUAAAGAUAGUCCUAAUUUCUCAGCAAAAUUCGCAAUUUAAUUUUCUUAUAAGGAACACAUUUAAAAAAUAAUAAACUUGGCAUCAGAGGAUGGGAAAUUUGACUUCUGGAGCUCGACUGAUACAUUAAUAUUUUAAUUUUUUUUUAACGCGUGUCGGAUAGUGGGGAUAACUCUCCACCCUGUCUCUGGUGCCGCUGUUAAUGGAAAUCAUAUAUUUCUUAUCAAUGAAUUAUUAAGUUGAUAAUUGUAAAUAGCAGUUGAUAUAUUGAAAUGUUGAUUAUAUAUUUUGUCCUAUGCACAACUUUUAUCAUCGUCACUCAAUGGCCAAAAUUAGAAAACAAUUUGAAAGUUUGAAAUGCUUCAAAUAUAAAUAUCAAUAGUGCUUCAAGGAUUGUAAAUAUUUUGUAAAUUUGUUUUUUUAAUUCUGUUUUUUUUUUUUUGUGCAUGUAAACUUAAUUGUCUCAUGUUAUAUUCCUAAUGAUUUAUUCAUUCUAAAAACAAUGUGAUUUAUUUGUUUAUAUAAUUUGUAUAUAUUAUAUAAUAUAUUAUAACUACUACCUAUCGUAUAUAAUGGAUGCCUUGCUUGUAUCAAUCAAAUUAACCAUGUAUUCAACGCAGCUUGUAAAUAUUUUAUUAUUAAAGAAUUCUACGAAUAA